AAACGCCGAAGGCCUCCUCGUCCCGUUUGUUGUCUCUCAACCCCGCGACCGUGCUCGCAAACACACAUUCUAAGAGAUAUCGCUAGAUACGCCUAAGAGAUAAGACGUUUAUCUGACGAAGGCGUAUGUCGUAGCGCGAAAUGUGCCAUGAUGUUCCCUAUCUCGCGCAGUCACCUGGAUAUGCUUUCACGUUCGCAUCUGAUUUUGGAUCUCCAAUGACGACUCUUGUCCGCGUCUCACUCAUCCUGUGCGCGCUCGCCGAUUAUUCUCGCUGUCAGCAGAGUCUGGAGCACGCUAUCAACGUACAGAUUGGUGGCAGUUGCGGGAGGGACAUCGAAUGUAUCGAGAAUGCGUUCUGUCGAGGACAGCAAAACUGUUUGUGCGAUCCGUAUUACUCGCCAAGUCCCGAUAAAUCGCUGUGCAUUGCCACCGUCGGGCUGAGCUGCGAGGACCAUAUGACAUGUCAAACUAUGGCGAAUGGCGAAUGCAGGCAAGGCAGGUGCGCUUGCAAGGACGAUUUUUUCUUAGACAGCAGCAAUUCGUCAAAUUGUAUUCCCAGACCCGCCAAGAUCGGUGAUCGCUGUCAAAUAACGACGAUAUGCCAGGAGAGUUUCGAUUAUGCAUUAUGUAUCAACGAACAAUGCCAGUGUUACUCGGGAUAUCAUUUUGUAAAUGAGACGCAAAAUUGCGUUCCGAAUCGAGGUAGUGUACAGAUUCUUUUUAUGAAAGAAGGA